CUUGUCGGGCCGCCUGAGGUCUGGCUGCCGCGUCCCCUGGCAGAGUUUGUGCAUGAGGAGGGAGCUGCUUCCCAUCGCUCUCACAGACCAGGCGCCAAGUGUAGCAGUCCCGUCCGCAGUCUGCCUCAGCACCUCAACCGCCCGCUAUGCCCUUGGAUACUCCCGCCCCGCUCGUCUGACUAACCGAGCACCCCCGGAUCUCCACUUUUGGACUGUCCCGCGCACUGUCCUGACUCAUCCUCCGCGCUGAAGCAUAUGGGGAAGCUCCAAGGAUAAACAGGGUGCAGGAUUUUGUUGCUACUGCAGAAGACCUGCCGGUAGUUCCCUCGGCUGCCCGGGGGGGCUGCGCGUCUGUCAGAGGCUUUAGUGUCGCAUCCGCUAUUUUGCUGAUCCACAGCCGCCUUGCAUGGAUGCAUCAUGGCUACGUUUAUAUGCAGGGUGCAGUUCUUAGAUGACACCGAUCCUUUCAACAGCACCAAUUUCCCCGAACCCACCAGACCACCUCUGUACACGUUCAGGGAAGAUAUUCCUCUGAUCAAUCAGAUUGCUGGAGUCCACCGGCUGCUGAAAGCCCCACAGAAGGCUGAUGACUGUGCCCUCCAGCUGUCCCACAAUGGGAGCUACCUGGACCUGGAGUCUACCCUGGCAGAGCAGAGAGAUGAACUGGAGGGGUUUCAGGAGGAUGGAGGGAGAGGAAGGAAGCACAGCAUCAUUCUGCGGACGCAGCUAUCAGUCAGAGUCCAUGCCUGCAUUGAAAAACUCUACAACUCAACGGGACGGGAGCUGCGGAGAGCCCUUUUUUCCCUCAAGCAGAUUUUUCAGGAUGACAAGGACCUGGUGCACGAGUUCGUGGUGGCCGAAGGGCUGACGUGUUUGAUAAAAGUGGGAGCCGAGGCCGACCAGAACUACCAGAAUUACAUCCUCAGGGCUCUCGGUCAGAUAAUGCUGUACGUGGACGGGAUGAACGGCCUCAUAUCUCACAAUGAAACGGUCCAGUGGCUCUACUCCCUGGUUGGCUCCAAGUUCCGUCUGGUGGUGAAGACGUCCCUGAAGCUGCUGUUGGUGUUCGUCGAGUACACCGAGUGUAACGCAGUGCUGCUCAUAAAGGCCGUGAACGCUGUGGAUGCCAAAAGAGGUACAAAGCUGUGGUCGAAUGUCAUGGAGAUCCUGGAUGAGAAGGACGGCGUGGACACGGAGCUGCUGGUGUUUGCGAUGACGCUCGUCAACAAGACUCUGGCAGGCCUCCCUGAUCAGGACUCGUACUAUGACAUGGUGGACUGUCUGGAAGAGCAGGGUAUCGAAACCACGGCGCAGAGACACCUGAGCAGGAAAGGCACGGACCUCGACCUCGUGGAGCAGUUCAACAUCUACGAGAUGACUCUUCGCCACGAGGACGGCGACGACGAGGCCCAGCUGCCCCCGAGCGGCAGGAAGGACCGCAGACGGGCCAGCGUCGGUGGCACCAGCGAGAGGCGAGGCCUGGAGAGGAGACGCAGCCGGAGGCACUCGCUCCAGAACAGCAGAGGUCACGCCUCGGCCCCGGCGUCGCCCAGCAGCCCUCACCCUCCCACGAGCGGCUUCCCGUCGUCCGGCGGCCAGCGCAUCGAAGACAUCAGUGAAAGAGAAGAGGAAGAGGAAGAAGAAGAGGAGGAUGAGGAGGAUGAGGAGGAGGAGGAUGAGGAGGAGGAGGAGGAGGAGGAGAAUGAGGAUGAGGAAGAGGAGGACAAGGAGGAGGCAGAUGAUGAAAGUCAUCCGGUUUCUGAGUCCUCUAGACAGGGCGCUCACAGGUAUUUUAGGCCACCUGGAUUCCCCCAGUGUGUCGCAGUUUCCCCGUUCCUCUCUGAUAGUAUCUCCCUAAGUUAUGCUCCAGUUGGAAAAUGUGACUAUUUUCUUCCUUCUCUUCUGGACUGCUGCUCUCUUGUAUUUUGUCGUCCUAGUGUGGUUCCAGCUGUAGCAGACUCUCCUAACAUGUGUAUGAACUUAAAGUGUAUGGCCAACCUCCUUCCUAAAGCCAGUGACCCUGAAGGGCAGAGAGACUAUCUCAGCGUCAAGACCAGGGCAUCUUCUCCUGUGUCCGUCGCACCUAAAAAGAGGACCUGUAGUCCUUGUCUGGUAGAAACUGCAUCUUCCUCACCUCGCGCGACUAGAAAGCCCUGCUGGGCUGAAAGAAUCGGCGCCAAUGGCACUCCGUACCCUGGCAGGCACCAGACUCCCGCGUCACCCGUCCACCGCUUCGCCAGUUCGGCGACCUCCGCGCCGGACCCCAAACCCGACCGGCCCGCCUUAGGGGGCUUGCUGAGUUCAUCGUACCGACAGCAUCAGGAGUCCCUGGCUGCAGAGAGGGAGAGGAGACGCAUGGAAAGAGAAGAACGUCUGCAGAGGAUUGAAAGAGAAGAGAGGAACCGCUUUAAUCGAGACUACGUUGACAAGAGGGAAGAGGCAAGACAGGCGAGAGAGGAAAGGUACAAGGCUGUGGAGCGUUUGGCCGCGGAGGAGUUCGAGCGGGAGUCGCCCAGAGCGCCGACACGAGGCCGGACGGAGAUCACUCUGUGCCUGAGCUCCAUCUCCUCCGGCCGCUCCGCGUCUCGCUGCGUCACGCCGUCGCCCGUCAUCUCGCAGGAGGACGGCGUCACCGCUCCGCACCAGACGCCUGGAACAGAACCCACCUCCGAACCGAGCGCCGACCCACAAACCAAAACCAAAAGUCCAGCACCAGAGUUAGCAGUACCAGAACCUCCCCCCGCGCCUCCCUCUGGACCAGACAAACAGCAGACAGAAACAGAGUCACCUGCAGAGGCAGUGGAUGUUGUUGAGACUCAACUGGAAAAGAAUGCAGCGGCAGCAGCAGCAGCAGAGCCGGCGUCAGAUGAACAGUUAGGCAAGGAGAAAGAAGAGACGCAAGUGCAGGAGGAGCUUGGCGAACAGAAGCGUUGUGUUGAUGAAGUGGCGGCAGAAGGAGCGGAGGUGACCGAUGUAGCAGAGGUGGGAGAGACAGAUGUGGAAGUGGAGGUAGAGGAGGAGUGUGAGAAGGAGCAGCCGACAGAGAGGGAUGUGGAAGACAGCAUACUGCUGAGUGAGAAGGAGAGGCAGAAUGAGGAGGUGAACGAAAAGGACAACUGCUCUGCAUCCAGCAUCUCCUCCGCGAGUAGCACCCUGGAGAGGGAGGAGCGGGAGGAGAAACUCACCCAUGACAUCGAAGCAGGCCAGUGGACGAAGUGCAUUAAGGAGGCGGACGUGAACGACCAGUGCAACAAAAUUCUCAACAGCAAACGCUUCAUGCUGGACAUGCUCUAUGCUCAGAAGACAGCCGCCGAGGAUGCUGGGAACGAGGGAGAAUCGGAGAAGGAGAAGUGCACGUGUGAGAAGGAGACCGAGGGCGGCGACUCUGUGGCUAGCUUGGCCACCAGGAUCUCCACGCUGGAGGCUCACAGGCAGGCCCGAGACGAAAAUGUGAAGAAAAUGGAAGUGGGGCACCUGGACAACCAGGGCAGUGUCCGAGCGGUGGCGGAGAAGUUUGGAGAUCUGGUCAAGGGCCUGACAUCUCCAGCUGAAGUUGAGACCUCAAAAGAGCAGCAGCAGACGCAGCAGCAGCAGCAGCAGCAGCAGCAGACUGACAAAUCACCCGCCGCUGCCUCGUCGGCUCUGCCCCCGAAGAAAGAGUCCGACCACAUCUGGGACCAGCUGAUGGCCGCACCCAGGGAGCUGCGCAUCAAAGAGAUGGACUUCACGGACCUGAGGGAGGAGGACGACUUGGACAUUUUAGACGUGGACAGUGGGACGGGGUCAUGUGACCUCAUACCGCCUCUGCCCCCCGUCCCGUGCAACGCCGUCCUGCCCCCGCCCCCGCCCUUGUUCGGGUGCCCCCCUCCGCCCCCUAUCCUCGGCAAAAUGAUGCCCCCGCCUCCGCCGUUCAUGGCCCCCAUCCCCCCGCCCUCCCCUCAGCUGAGUCGAGGGGAGGCGCCUCUCUUCCAGAAGAAGAAGAAGACCAUCCGUCUCUUCUGGAACGAGGUGCGUCCCGUGGACUGGCAGUGCAAGAGUCAUAAAUUCUGCAAGGAGUCCCUGUGGUCCAAACUGGAACCAAUUAAACUCGACACAUCCAAGCUGGAGCAGCUGUUUGAGUCCAAGUCCAAGGAGCUGCCUGUCACGAAGAAAGCGGCUGUUGAUGGCAAGCGACAAGAAAUCAUCGUCCUGGAUUCAAAGCGCAGCAACGCUAUAAAUAUCGGCCUGACUGUCUUACCUCCGCCCCGCACCAUCAAGACCGCUAUUCUCAACUUUGAUGAGUACGCGUUGAACAAGGAAGGCAUUGAGAAAAUCCUCACAAUGAUCCCCACAGAGGAGGAGAAGCAAAGGAUCCAGGAGGCUCAGCUGGUCAACCCUGACAUUCCUCUGGGCAGCGCCGAGCAGUUCCUUCUCACCCUCUCCUCCAUCACAGAGCUGUCUGCCCGCCUGCAGCUGUGGGCAUUCAAGAUGGACUAUGAGCUUAUUGAGAAGGAAGUUGCGGAGCCUCUGCAGGACUUAAAGGAAGGAAUGGACCAGCUUCAGAAAAACAAGACACUCAGACACAUCUUGACCACACUGUUGGCCAUUGGUAACUUCCUCAACGGCUCUAAUGCUAAAGGCUUUGAGCUGAGCUAUUUGGAGAAGGUUCCGGAGGUGAAGGAUACGGUUCAUAAGCAGUCCCUGCUGCACCACGCCUGCUCCAUCGUGGUUGAGAAGUUUCCAGACAGCACCGAUCUCUACUCCGAGAUAGGUGCUAUCACCCGCUUGACCAAGGUGGACUUUGACCAGCUGCAAGACAAUCUGUCUCAGAUGGAGCGAAGGUGCAAAGCAUCAUGGGAUCACCUCAAGGUCAUUGCAAAACAUGAGAUGAAACCCGCACUGAAACAAAAAAUGUCCGACUUCCUCAAGGAUUGCGCCGAGAGAAUUAUUAUUCUCAAGAUCGUGCAUCGGAGAAUUAUCAACAGGUUUCACGCCUUCCUGUUGUUCCUGGGCCAUCCGAUAUACGCAGUGCGUGAGGUCAGCAUACACCGCUUCAGCAAGAUCCUGAGUGAAUUUGCCCUGGAGUAUCGCACAACAAGAGAGCGCGUGCUGCAACAGAAACAGAAGAGGGCUAACCACCGGGAGAGGAACAAGACCAGGGGGAAAAUGAUAACAGAUAGUGAGGAAGAUGACGAUAUCGAGAGUGGCAAAUUUGCCGGUGCCCCAUCGGAGGCACAGGACAGCCAGCCUCAGGGUAUCCAGUCCGCCGAAGAUGCAGCGGAGCAUGAGAACAUGAAGGCCGUACUGAAAACCAGCCUGCAGGGCGGAGAGAGCGGCGCGUCGACAGUGCCAGGCCUCCGCACGCGCACCCGAGCCAGCAGCACCAGAGGGCGUACUGCCCCGUGGUGCUCGACCAACGACGACCCAGUGAACUGCACAGACGACACAGCUGAUGAGAUCAUGGAGAGGAUAGUUAGGUCAGCCACUCAGGGGCCCAGCCAGCGGACGCAACCUCGGGAGAGGAGACGAUCCCGAGUCAACCGAAAAUCAUUGAGAAGGACACUGAAGAACGGUUUGACAACAGAGGAGGCGAACGCUCUCGGCUUGUCCAGUGGUUCGGAGAUGGCGGUGUGAGCUGGGCCCCGCGGUCGCACUGGACGUGAAGACAUCUGAAAGCCCUUUCACUGCCCUCUCCUGCCAGCGCCUGCGCCCGAACCCCGGCAACCCCACUCCGCUUUGGCUUGGCCACUAAACUAAACUCUCCCCCGGCUUCGAUGAGUUGAUCUCACCUUUGUGCGUUUGCGUUUCCAUGGGCUUGACACGAGUCCGCCCCGGGACAAGCACCACUGCAGUCAGACCACUAAGCUUCGCUCCUGCUGGACAAACAUGUGCACUCACAAGGCUUAACUACGAUCAUCCUCUGAGCGCGUCACCGCACUCGAACAAACUUGCAAAAGUGUGUUUGUUUUUUUUUUGUUUUGUUUUGUUUUUUUAAGGCCGAGGGCAUCAAAACGGUUCAAUCUCCGUGGCCUUGACUGAAGCCGAAGGGCCUGAAGUGUGGUCCAGACACUAAACCCUCACAUAACUGUCCCCCCCCCCCCCCGGGUUUAGUGUCGGCCCUGCAGCUUGACUGACAGACUGAACAGAAAGACUUCUCAUCUAUUGAAUAGAUGGCUUUGUGCGGAGGCUUGUGUACUACUGUGGUAGUUUUGUGUUUCAUUUUGCUCAUGAAGGUGCUCAAACGCGGAGAACAAUUGCACUGGACGUAAAAGCUGGGUAUCAAUGGAGCGCGAGAUCCUCGACACUGAUGAACCACUCUGACAUCUGAAUCUGAAUAUACACUAACCAGCAAAGAAACAGUAGCACAGUUUUUAAUGUCUAAUCAAGGUGGACAGAUUCAGGCAGAUGUGCAGUAGUUUACCGGAUGGGAAGGAGAAGCAGAGAAACGGUGCAAAACGUUUUUUUGUUUUGUUUUUUUUUUUAUUCCAGAGAGUUGCUGCGGGGGUUGAAGGGUUUUGCUACUAGUUCGAGACUGACGCUCAUCACGCAAACAUGUUUAGCUUUAAAGCCGACGAGUCGCAUCACGUGAUCCAUUCUCGCCGACGAGGCGAACAUCUGGGAGGCACGUCCGAGGGCGGCGGGCGCAGCGAGCAGCCUUCACCGAGCCGUUCCUUUUAUUUUGUAGAGACUACGAGCUGCACAUUUCAGAGUGCCUUUCAGAGACCGUUAUUUAUUAAAAGACGUUUUCAGGGACAUGUAAUCACACAAAUGUUACUACAGAUGUGCGGUCUGUGAGGGGGGAGCCGAGUAGAUCAUUCAUGAGCUGUGAUUUCUUUUUAACCAGUGUUUUUAAACUUGCAGAAUUUCUCGUUUUUUUUUCUUGUUUUUUUUUUUUCUCCACGUUAUGUCUUGGAUCAAAUAGUUUACGAAGAUAGCUUUAAAGUAUUUAUGACAACUUAGGAGUUGGUUAUGCACAUUAGCUGUAUCCUGUUGCCUUACUGUAAAAAUGCGGGCAUGCAUAGUUCCACUCCAGUCACGAUGUAGGUAAAUAAGAGUUAAAAAAAAAAAUAGACCAGGCGACAUGAAUUUGUAGUUCAGCUGGCAUCACUGGAGAUCUCAGUAUCAGGUGGGUACGUAAUGAAUAGUACUGGUAAUGUUUAAUGCACAUAAAACCUCUAGAAUUUACCCACUUUAAAACACGUCGGUCUGUAUUGAAGUGAACAAAGCAGCAACCUUUUGGCUAUAUAUCGCUCAGUUUAAUUUUUUGUUUUUUGAAACUAUUUACGAGCUCGUUGUGCUAUCGAUCACUCUGGAAUGGCUUCGACUGAACCUGCGACGCGUUCAGUUCCAACAUGCCGUGCCACCCGCGAGUUCAAUCUACCCGCUUGCAAAGUUUCACUGUGACGGAAACAUAGCCAUCGACAGAGAUAAAGUAUUAAACGCAUCGUCAUAAAGCUACGCGAAAAAAAGAAAAGAAAAAAAUACCACACCAGCACUACAUUUUUUUUUUUUUGUUCGUUUUGUUUUUGUUUAGAAUUUACUGGAAACUAUUUCAGCACCUUAGGCUCAAUGUGUAGCAUGCCACUUAGUUGAACUGAAGUUACAAGAGGAAGAGCUCAUCGUGUUCCCCAGAUUGUACUAAAGCAAUAGCGGGGAACGCUGUAAAACAAUUUACAUGUCAUAAUGUCUUUGUGUGUGUGUGUGUGUUUUUUUUUUUAUUAUUGUUGUUUUUUGCUCCAUGUGUAGAAUAGUGUAUAAUAGACUAAAAAGCAGUGUUAUUCUAAGUAUAAUUUAAGAAAAACAAACCACGCAGGGUUUAAAAAUUAAAAAAAAAAGUGUCACUUCUGCUUAAAAGAAAAGAAGGUUCACUUUGGUUCUCAGAUCUGUAGGGUUUACAUGUGUGCGACUGAAUAUUCUCAAAAAGCGAUUGAAUCCACCAGUGGAAUUCCUCAGAAGCCUCCGAUUUCACCGCACUCCACAUUGUUCUUUUAAUUUAUCAUCAGCCCGUCACACAUUUGCUGCCUGUGCCAUUACAUCACUGUGGAAUUUGGACACAAGUGCUAUACAGCGAAAGGCUUCUGUAGCUUCUUUGCCCACAGCAAAAACUAUGUAACUACUACAAUAAAAAGGCUCAUUAAAACAUCCUUUGACAGUUUUCUUUUUUAAUCAUGUUUAAAGUUGUUCCGUGGGGAUGAGAAAAGAAAGAAGAAAAAAAAAUAAGAGCAAGCACAAAAACUUAAGCCUCUUUAUUUUUUUAAGUCCACGCAACCCAUGGUUCAAGUCACUUUAUAUUCAAGAGCAUACAGAGGUCGAUGACAAGCGCAAGUUUACCGCUCACAUGGUGUUCACACAUGGCCGUCAUAGCAGACCUCAUUUGGUCUUGUGUAAAAUUCCUGCAUGUCCACAGGUGUCAUGGAACUAAAUGUGAUUAUGGUUUGCUUUGAAUAAAUUGCAGAGACAUUACAAUGAACAAGACAGCUACCUAAAAAACAAAAAAAAAACAAAAAAAGAGGGGAAAGGUAGGAAAUGGUAGGAAGUACAACUGAGCAUCCAAAAAAAAAAUAAAAAUAAAAAAAAUAAAAACAAAUCAGCUGAAACAGUCUCAGCAAAUCCAGUGCAACCCAAGACACGUUCUGCUUUAUACUAGCUGACAAACUAAAAACAAGGGCACAUAUUAAGAAUUAUAUAAUUUGUAUCUCCUGAUCAUAAUUCAAAUUUACCAAUGUACAUUUUCCCUGAACAACUGCCUUUGCACAGUACCUUAGAAUUGAAUAGAUAAAUUACAAAAUGGAGUUAUUCCCUUUCCAUCGGACAUGAUUUACUUAGCAAAACCCCUGAAUAACUGACAGGCUUAUGCAGUUUACAUUUUAUAUUGCUACAUCGUUUUAACAAAGAUUAACAAAGGAUUUUUUUUUGUUUGUUUUGCAUAUAUUCUUAGGUUUGUGUUUUGGUGUGCGUUUGCACCAAUAAUGUCAAAUUAUCUCAGAAAUAGCACCAAAGGACAAAAUGCUUGACCCCUUUAGAAGUCAGAGGCGUUUAUUAAAAAUAUGUUUUAGAAAUAGAACAUAGCAAGUGUGCAGUGCAGACUAAUCAUUGACAAAGUGAUUUGAUUUUUUUUUUUUCUUAAUGGCAAGGAAGUAAACAA